CACCUCAAAAUGGCUGGCAUGAAGCUUGCAGCUCUAGGCUUCAUUGUCCUCAUAAGUAUUGGCUUAGGCGAGGCUGCGAGGGUAGCUAGGUACUCUAGCUCAGAAGGGUCUGGGACAGGAAGGGGAGAGGGCAGUGGAUCUAUGGAUGGUGCUGGUUCCGGGUCUGGUAGUGGUACUGGAUCUGGUGUGAGUGGUGACUAUGGGGGUUCUGCCCAUGGAAGUGGUGGAGGUGGAGGUAAAGGUGGCGGCGGUGGACUGUAUGGUGGUUCUGGACAUGGUGCUGGUUCUGGCUCGGGCUCCGGCACCAGCUUGGCUGGUUCAGACCCAUUUGGUGGAUCGUCAAGUGCAGGAGGUAGCGGUGGCGGCCGGGGUAGUGGAAAAGGUGGAGGCUACUUUGGUUCUAGUGGUUACGGAGUUGGUAGUGGUAGCGGUGGCGGAUUUGGUGAAUCUAAUCCGUUUUACAGUGGCGUAAAUACGAAUGCAAAUGCUUUUGGUACCGGUGGAGCCAAAAGCUAUGGUCAAAAUGGAGGUAGCGGUCGUGGCGCGGGUAGUGGUUCUGGGUACGGCGAUGCAAAACCUUAAACUUUUAUAUUCUACCAAGCUAGAACCCGCUAUGGUAUUGUUGUAACCUUGAUGUUCCCAUUAAUGUUUGAUUUCCUCUCCUUGCAAUCUAAUAAAAGGCUCUGGGGACUCUAUUUACUAAAAGUCUCAGGAGCUUGAUUUA